UUCUUUAACUUAUUGCCUCUAGUGCCACCCCCCUAGGUUCCCAGGCAUCCCUUUUCUUCUCCACACAUCUCUGCAAAUAAACGGUUCAAAACCACCCAAUAAUUUUCCUUCUUGUCAUCCAUUGCUUUGCUUUGUAUGAUAAAUAUAUUAACUUUCUCUUUGAUAAUAUCUGUAUGUUACCUGACAUGGGUACAAAUAGUACUGCUGAUGGUAGAAACAAUAUCGAAAAUGAAGAAACAGAAAUCCAAUACCUUCAGAAGGGAGUGAGACAUUUAUGCGAAAGAGGGUUGACUAGGGUUCCAAGCAAGUACAUAUUGCCCAUCCAAGAACGACCCGACUUGGGAGACACUGGGAAUGCUAGCAAGCAUAACCUCAAGUUGCCAGUUAUUGAUUUUACUCAGUUGCAAGGGUCCAACAGAUCCCAAGUAAUACAGUCCCUUGCAAACGCUUGCGAAGAAUUCGGGUUUUUUCAGUUGAUAAACCAUGGUAUCAAAGACGAUGUUAUUCUUGAAAUGAUUGAUGUAAGCAGAAGAUUUUUCGAGCUCCCUUUCAAUGAGAGAUCAAAGUACAUGUCAAAGGAUAUGUCUUCCCCAGCUAGGUAUGGAACAAGCUUUAACCAGAACAAUGAUAAAGUAUUUUGCUGGAGAGACUUUCUGAAACUUAGCUGCCAUCCUUUACAAGACACUGUGUCCUGUUGGCCUUCUUCUCCAGCGGACUUAAGGGAAGCAGUGGUGAACUACUCGAAGAGCACGAAGUUUUUGUAUCUAAUGCUAAUGGAGGCAAUCAUGGAGAGCCUAGGAUUGGUGGAAACUACAAAAGGUGGUGAGGCUAAAGGCAGUUUGGAGGAAUUUGAAGAUGGAAGCCAACUCAUUGUGGCGAAUUGCUACCCUGCGUGCCCUGAACCUGAUUUAACACUAGGCAUGCCACCCCAUUCGGACUAUGGCCUCCUCACUCUUCUCCUUCAAGAUGAAGUUAAGGGUCUUCAAAUACAGAAUCAAGGAAGUUGGGUAACCGUGGAACCACAUCCAAAUUCUUUUGUUGUCAAUGUUGGUGAUCAUCUUGAGAUAUUUAGCAAUGGGAGAUACAAGAGCGUGGUCCAUAGGGUUCUGGUCAACUCUCGCAAGUCAAGAAUAUCCGUAGCUUCAUUGCACAGCCUGCCAUUCAAGAGCACAGUUCGGCCAUCACCUAAACUCAUUGACGAAGUAAACCCUAAACGUUACAAGGAUACAGAUUUCGCCAGUUUCCUCCAAUACAUUUCUAAUUCUUCCCACGACGAAAUGGACGCCAAGACUUUCCUACAGUCCAGGAAAUUGACUUGAUCGUUUACCCAGAAAGUAGAUUUCUCUAGAUUCUUGGCGUAUUGACUUCCCCAUGCAUGCAUACGACUUCAUAUGAGACGAGUUUUACUAGAAAUAUUGAAUUUUUUUGCAAUCUUUGAAUUUUCCCCUUUUAUUUGGACCCCAUACUUAAUUCGCAGAAGUUAUCGAAGAUCACCAAGCUAACAUGAGAUAAUCAUCCAAGAUCACCAAAAAGGGAUUUUCUGAUGCAUGGGAUAUUAGAUACUUUGAAUUUUUUAAUUGUUAGAUGUUUAGUUAAAAUCACAAAAUUAUACUGUAAUAGUUAAAAAAUUCAGAAUAUCUUAUACUCU